AUGCGUCCGCUCUACGUGCUGACCGUUCUGAUUCUGAUUCUCAACUCCACAGAAUCCUUUCGGUUUCAUCGUAAACUUACUCACACAUCACCCAUCUUGAACAGGGUAGGUUUGUCAUUGAUUGGCCUUUUUUAAGCUGUUUGAUGUCUAAUAUCAUCGUAUCUUGGUAGAGCUUUUUGAAUUUUACAAUACUUUACAAUAUUUUAUUGUUGGUUUGAUUGCUUUUUCUGACUUACAAUGUGUGUUGCGUAUUGUAAGUAGUACGUUUUAGUAAGUAAUUUUAAAAAGUAUUGUUUUAUAUCAUCUAUAACUUAAGCUCAUCAUAUUUUUACAUAGUCUACUAACUUGCAGUAAUUUUAUAUAAUUGCCUUUAAAUCUUUGCUCUUUGAUACGAUAAUGUAGAUUACUCUUAUCACUUCACAUCAAAUCUUGACCUUAAAGAAACCUGUAUAUACGACAGAAACCUAGUAGAUGUGAUAGGUUUCCUCUCCAAGGUUUCUCUAAACUUCUAGAAAGCAAAGUAAUGUGAUGAGCAAAGUAAUCGUAUCUCCAGUUCCGUGAACCUCUAAUGUCAUUAAGAAUGUCCAUCUUACCAUGAACUUGUUUAUCGCUGCUUUUGUACUGGUUUGGCUAUUAAUACUCACGUAUUCAUUCAACCACAGUAGGAUGACUAUUAUGUUAUGAGUCCUUUACUUUAGUCAUUACUGGCCCAUUCUUACUAUAGUUAUAGCACUAUUCUUACCACAGUUAUUGCUCUAUUCUUAUGUUAUUGUAGAAAAAGCAGGCUAUUAAUAGUAACUAUACUAUGUAGGCUAUUCUUAGCUACAACAACAUAAUGGAAAACAGUUUGUGAAGGUUCGUUAACCAUACUCUGUCUUCUCGAAUUAGACGUUCACCCAACACUACUGCAAUCUCUAAUUAGGAAUGGAGAUUAGUGUUAAUUACCAUUCCAUUGUUUGCACCUCCAUAAUGUCAACAAUAACUUGUUUUCAGUUGGAUCAAAAACAUCGAAUGGGCAAGCGAGUACACAACCUGUCGCUGCUCCGGCUAGGCAAGCUGUUCCGGACCAGCCAGCAAGUGAAGCGGGACGACGAAGACCGUUCCAUGCCCAAACUUCUGCUCAUCCUUAGGAAUCGGACCGUGUAG